GCACGACGGGUCGCGUGCGUGUCAAAGUUCAUCGAUAUUUGGCGCUCUUGGUUCUGGCGCGUUUUUGAAAGAGCACAAUAAAGAAGAUGUUUUUAAUAUUCCGUCUUUUAAUAGUUUGAAAUGUGUCCGCGUAGCUUGUGCGUCUACGUGGCUGACACACGGGAAAUGUUUCGGAGCAGUUUGGUGAACAGCGGAGCUACUUUAACGGUAGCGUUUAGCAAACAGUGCUAGCUUGUUUUCUGUGUCUUUGGUUCACAGCCGGACGUCAAUAAACAGACAAUAACUAAGUGUCCACAUUUUCAAAAUUAUCUCUUGGUUUCUUCAAAUUAUGGCUGGUGUUAUGACGAUGGCGUCUGUCAUUGAGGACUUUGAGACGCAGCCUUGCAAGCCUUCUCGCCAAGAUGGCAGCAGUCCUGUUGUGAAGACGAUCACAAACUACUUCUCUCCCGUCUCUAAGCCUGUGGAAAAACCUUUUUCUCCACCCCGCUCCAACAACAUUAUGGACUACUUUAGCCGCAAAGUUCAGUCUUCUGGGGAGACAACUAGCACACCAGAACAAUAUAAAGGAAACAAUAAAAGGUGUCAGUCAGCAGACAAACACACCAGCCCAGAGGUAGCGGUGAAACGGCCUUUUCAUAAACGUGCUAGAAAGGCCAGCAAAGCUGUCAGGACACUUAUUGGGCCUGAUGCCAGUAAUUCCAGUGAGGAUGUGAUCUGCUUGAAUGCAGAUGAACCAGGUAGCAGAGACACAGCAGCAGAUACAGUCAGCAGCUGUGCUGUCCUUGGCAGUGACACAGCAGCUCUGCUGGCCCAGCUUAGCGCUGAUGUUUGUGUCAUUGCCGAAAUCUCUGAUAGAAUCAGUGUUGAGCAUACAGAAAAACGUGAUGAAAUUUGUUCUAGGCCUGGGAGCCAUCUCAGACUUACACCAGAAGUGAACAGCAAUGAGGCAUCUCCAGAUCUGCCUUCCAAAUGUAAAGCAAAACUGACAAAAGUAGCUCCACGAAAUCCUCGCAAGAAGCAACAGAAAGAGACAAAACGUUCAGAUCCAGAGGCCAAAGAGGCAGACAAGUCCUUGUGUGAUGACGAUAUGGAGGUCAGCAUUGAUGAAGCCUCUGAGUUAAACAGCAGCACUGUAACCAUCUCGUUUGAGGAUUUUGUGCGGAGCCAAAGUCAGGAUCAUGGUGAAGCGGAAUGUGGCCAAGGAGAUGAAUCAAAAGAGAUAGGAGAGGUUGAAGAGAUGGAAACUAAUCAGUUGAACGUCUCUAAAGAUGAUGAAAACUUAGAUUCUCUGCAAGCGUCUCCAAGAACCCUUACCAUCAAGGCUGAUGUCCACGUCUCUCCCAAACAGGAAGCUGGUACAACCGUAGGAAAGAUUGCUUCCAUCUUCACCAUGAAAAAAGCAACUAAAUCCCUUCCAGAGUUGGAAUCGUCUCCUCACAGAGAGAGAGGACACCAACAUCCUUCUUCCUCUCUGACUGUCAAACGGAAAUCAAAUGUGGUUCUUGAGGAGGAAGAUCUUGAGCUUGCCGUGCUUGAGAGUGAAUCCACACCUAAGUGCAGCGAAGCUGAGAGGAAGCAGUUCAUAGCAGCUUUCAAACAGCCUACCUUAGAUGGAUCCAAAGGCAAGCCCAGUAAGAGCCAGACCAAACAGAAACAACGCGGAGAGAAGACAGUGGAUGAUGCAGAACAGGACGUUAUUCCACUCGCCAAUGAACAAGAAUGUGCUGCUGUUCAAGAAAAGGCAGUAGCUAAAAAGAAGCUAGCAGGAAAAGGCAAAAAGAAGGUGUCAGUAGAAAAGGAAAAAGUCACAGCUUCAGAUGAUGCUGUGGAAGAAACUGUCGAAGCAGUUGUUGUGAUUGACGAUAAGAUGGAUGACCUUCCUGUCACAUCGACUCCACCCACUCCAGCUGUGAGGCGGUCUAGAAGAGUGGCCGGCGUCAAACAAGUAUCUGGGCCUACAACAGAAGAUAAUGUCCCAGAGGCCGGAAGACAGUGUGGCUCAAAGAAGGGUGUGUUACAACUAGACACACCUGUGAAGAUGUCCACUCCAAAAACAAGAAAGUCCAAACAUGGGGUGUUUUCUGCAGAGAUCGUGUGCCCUCCAGACACAAAACAAAGUCCAAUCAGGAUUAAAUUCAGUAGAGUCCAUCGAAAUGUUUCUGUUUCCAAAUCUGCCCAUGGAAGUAAUGUGGACACACUUUCUGCCUCCAAAGAGGCAAAGCUUUCAGAUAACUCUAAGAAAAGGAACCAGGCAAAGAAACUGGUGGAGAAAGCCAAAGCAGUUCAAAAGAGUAAAAGGGCUGCUGUUGAGGUGAAGAGCACCCGAAGGCACUCGUUACGGACUGAGGCCUCUGUCAGGAAGAGUUACUGUGAAGAUGAGGAUUCAGUUAUCUGCAUGGAAGAAGAUGAGUCUCCCUCUGCUUCUGCGGGUCCAGGAAAGAGUCAGUCCCAGAAGGCUUUACGGAGUCUAAAUGAAGUUUUGGGCAAAAACACAAAGGCUCUCCCAGUGGCCCCACUGGUCCAAGAUAAGACUUCCCGUAAGGCCUCAGCCAUAGUGUCCAUCUUUGAUGAAACUGCCAACGAGGCCUCUGAAAACCUCCAGGUCAAUGAAGAGCUCAGGGCACGUAGGGAGUUUUUGAAAAGCGGCCUGCCUGAGUCCUUCAAGAAGCAGAUAGCCAAGACUGCUGCCACUAAAGAGGCCUAUUCUCUGUCCUGUUCAACCUUUCAAACUGUUACACACAUAAAGCAGCCAACAACUGAUUGCCCUCUCUGGGGAUUACCAUGGCCUGGGUCUUCUUUGCUGCAUCAUCUGAGAGAGACUUGGUGUCAAACAUUUAGUCCACUUCCAUCUCUGAGUGGUGGCUUUGCCUUGAAGACAAAACCAGCCUGUAGAACAUUUUGCCAAAGAGGUUCUGGUUGGAGGUCUGAAUUUUCUGAAAGUCUUCGUCUUCUUCUCAUGGAGGAAAUCGGUGCAUCUAACACUUCCUUCCCUGUUCAGUUGUUCUUCACUCGCCUUCAGAAGAGACGCAGUGACCAUCUGCAGCUUUGCACAACCUCAGAGGCUGUGACCAAAGACACAAAAACGCAAGUGUCUGCAGAACCAGCCAGAGGGAAGAGGAAGAGGAUGGGAGAAGAAACAUCAGUGAAGUUGUCUAAGAAACAGAGGUCCGAUUAUUCCGAGGAAAAUCUUGCCACAUUAGAGGUAGACUCCAAAAGAAGAGGAGGCCGCACGAGACGAUCCCGGAGACUUGAAGAGGACAAGGUGAAAGAGAGCGCUGAGAUUGUACUUCAGGCUACUCCUGUAUCUUGUGAAGAUGACUCUGUGGUCAUCUUGGAUGAUGCGGUCUUGGGUGGUGAUACUGAGAAACAAGAUGUGAUGACGGAAGAUGUGCUGUGGACGGACAAGUAUCGACCACACCACUCCACUGAAAUUAUCGGCAAUGCCACCGCCGUCAAGAAGCUGUACAAUUGGCUAAAGGAGUGGAAACUCUGUGUAGACCAAGAAGAGAAGAAAAAGCAGAAAGUCAACAAACAAGAGGAAGGCAAUAAUGAUUCUGACUGGGAGUGUGAAGAAGAGGUCUCUCGGGAUGAUAAGGACACUCUGUGUAAUACUCUGCUCAUCACAGGACCCACAGGCGUAGGAAAGACUGCUGCAGUCUACGCUUGUGCCCAGGAGCUUGGCUUCAAGGUAUUUGAAGUGAACGCCUCCUCUCAGCGCAGUGGUCGUCUCAUUCUGUCCCAGCUGAAGGAAGCUACUCAGUCCCACCAAGUGGACAGUCAGGGUGUCAAUGUCCACAAACCCACUUAUUUCAACAGCCAAGGAACUUGCAGCAGUGUUGGUGCAGUGCGACCGGGAUCGUCUCCUCGGAAGACAAAGUUACCCCGUCAAGUUGUUUCUUCUCCCGUAAAACAAGCAAAAUCACCAAGGAGCACAAAAAGAGGAAACCUGACCCCCACGUCCUUAGCCACUUUCUUUAAAACUGGUCGACCCACGAAUAAGGAGCCACCUGACAAUAAGACUGAACAAACAGUUAUUCCCAAGAAGUCCAUAAAAGCAAACUCUGGUGCUUCUAAUGCCACAUCACCAAAAUCCACAACACUUAAGGAGAAUGAUGAAGAACAGAGCAAGAAGACAGCCACCUCGCUUAUCCUGUUUGAAGAGGUGGAUGUUAUUUUUGACGAUGACGCCGGCUUCCUGGCUGCUAUCAAGACAUUCAUGACCACCACAAAGAGGCCAGUCAUCCUCACUACCAGCGAUGCUGCUUUCAGCACCGUGUUUGACGGCAUCUUUGAAGAAAUCCAUUUCAAAACACCUUCAUUGUGUGACAUCAGCAGCUACCUUCAGCUGUUGUGCCUGGCUGAGGACAUGAGGACAGACCCAAAGGACAUCAGCUCUUUGCUCGCUCUCAACAGCUGUGACAUCAGGCGGACUUUACUACAACUGCAGUUCUGGGCUCGCAGUGCAGGGGGCCACCGCAUAACUAGGCCACAGUCGUACACCAACACAAAUGAGGCAGCCAACACAACUGUGUGUGACGUAACCGUGCCGACCACUCUGCCAGCAUGUGACACCGGCUGCACAGAGAGCAUGCUGGGCCUCCUGAACACUGAAGCUGAGGCGCACAUCUGGGACUUGCUCAGGAACCACAGUUUGUUGGAGAAAGCGGCAUGCUGGGAGCUUCUAACAGACAGCAGGCGGCGAGGAGUGGACCUGCUCUAUGCCAACAUGGAGAUGCUCCUACCAUUACCCCUCACACAUUUCACCCACAAACCGAAGUACAGUGUCUCACUAUCACCAGACCAUCCUGCCAAACCAGCAGAUCUUCCAUCCACCUGUCCACUGUCCGAAUCCCUGUCAUCACAGGUAGAGAUUUUGCGCACUGCACAGUCUGCUGAGAGCUCAGAUGAUGGGAGUCCGAUUAAAGUGUCCAACCGAAUGAGGAAGAGCAAGAGACGACACUGUGUACUCGAUCAACAUGGACUGUUUUCUGGGUCGGACUCCGAAGACGGCUUUCUCUCUCUCUAUAAGCCACUGGCGGCUCCUCGGGCAAAGGAAGAAGUCAAAGAGAAAUGUGUUUUUGAGUGUGCGAAGAGGAAGUCCUUGACCCCAGAGGAACUGAAACAGAGUCUCCCAGUCGCCCAGUGUCUAGAAUCAAUGUCUUUCUUUCUGGACAACAUGUCCUACCUGGACUCUUCCCUGCUGGGUUGUUAUUUUCCUGUUGCACAGAAAAAAAUGUUACCAGGUUGCUUGGUGGUGAAAGAUGGAAUGACGGAUGAGUCGCGGAUUGAUUGUGACAGUGACAACUGGGUGAGGAGUGAACGUAUGCUGGAGAUCCAGGCUACUGUGGAGGCUCUGAGCUUUCACAAGUGCAGAGUGGCAUUGAUGGAGACCUGGAACAAAGCCCAACAGUUGGAGGGAGAGCUGGGAAAAAACGCUGCCGCUGACCUUGCCUUCCCUGUGGCCCCUCAUGUUGAAGGCUGCAGCUUCACUCAGGGCGGCCCGUGUCACCCUCGGCUGAUCCAGCAGAGGAGAGAAGUGACAGAGAGUCUGAUUUUCAGGGGAGUGUUUGGUACACUUGGAAACAAGCCAGCAGCUGUACUCGACUAUCUUCCAGCCCUCCGCAACAUCUGCAGAUCUGAACAGUUUAAGGAGCAGGGUAAAGUUAAACGAAGGUUCUUGCAUUAUCUUGAUGCAGUCCACCUUGGUCUUGACAAGACCACCCUACAGCACUUGGCAGAUGACUUCCCUUAAAACAGAGACAUCUUUUUGACCGCUCAAAGGCCUUGAAUUCUUUCUUUCUCCCUUCUCCACUUUGAGUCCAUAGGUUUUCACUGAAAAACAUAAACAUACACAUUUGUGGCAUAUUUUUUACUGUUUGAACCAUAAAGACACUGUUCAUCAGUGUCACCUUAAUUGUUGUCUGUCUUAAUUCCAUCUACAUUGUAUAUUUUUCACACAACUAAAUCUCACUCCCACAUGGGUGUGUAUUCUGACACUUCUGGUGCUCCUACAGAAUGCACGAAUUGUCUUUAUAAACUAUUUUUGCAUUGUACAGUGUAAGUGGUGGUCUAUUUGGUCAUUGUACAGUAGAAUUUAUAGCAUUAUGUAUCACUUUUUGCAAAGUUUUUCUUCAAGUAGCAGUAUGGGCCAUUAAUACUUUGCAAGAUCAUCAUGUAAAAUAGAAUUUGUAUUGUGAAUGCUGAAUAUAUAUAUUGUUAAUCACACAAAGUACUAUUGAUGCAUUCAUGAAUUUUGAUUUGUUCACCUUCACAAAAAAUAGACAUCUUUGGAAACAAAGAUUUUAG